ACCCCCCGGUCCGGGCAGCCAACACUCGUCUGUGAAUCGUCGAGCAAUAUGAAAGCCAUCACACUCUGCCUCUUGGUGCUGGUCUCGGCCAGCUGCCUGCUGACCACUCCCGCCAAUGCUGUCGGCUCGAGCGAGAGCUUGGACUUUUAUUUCGAGAUUGAACAGCUGCUGGCCGAUCUUGAUGGCGAUCUCGAUGCCGACUACAUGGGUGUGGCCGAGCUGGGCUUCAUCCGUUCCUGCCGUGCCAUUCUGCGUAAAGCCUUGAAGGGCAUUCGCGGCACCAACUGCAUCCUCAAGGAGACUUUGGCCAUGCUGACUGCCUGCACCACCUACGUCGAUGCCAUCGAUAGCUGCGGCGUGGCCGUGCCCAAGGAUGUGGCCAAGAUUGUGAAAAACGUCAAGGCCAUGAUCGAAAUCUGCAACAGCAUCAUUCACCUGCACUCUCAGCUGUGCGCCACCGAAGACACCACCACCACCGGCACCGGCACCACCUCCCGCAAGUGUUGCUUCAGGCUGUUCAAGGCCAGCAUGUCGCUGGUCAGGAAGAUCAACGUCACCCUCAAGCUGAUCUCCAAGCUGCCCGCCGACACCAACUCCUGCUUCGUGGGCGCCACCAACACCGUGAAGGAUGCCUGCAACGACUACAUGCCCAACAUCAAUGACUGCAUUGAUUCCAUGUGAACACUUUAAAUAAAACCUCACAAAAAUA